AUGUAUCAUCAAUCCAUGAAUCUAUCCGUUUCUUUCAAUUUCACCCACCGAUCUCCUCUAUUCUCCACCGGAAUCCGUAAAUCCGUCAAUCUCAAACCUCCACGCGUCUCCUCCGGCCCAGAAUCCGGCGAUUCAGUUACCAAAACCCUAACCGAGAAUCUAAUCUCGCUCCUCAGAGCUGUCCCCGAUUGGGCCGACGAGAUUAAAGAGCGUGGGAUGCAGCAGAAACGCACUCUCUAUACACACGAGAAAUGGGUCGAACACAGAAGCUCUCUUCGCCAUGUGAGGCAUUUGUUAUCGAGCUUUUCUUCGCGGGUUAUACUCUCUCUGAUUCCUCCUGUUUUCUUCUUCACAUCCGUCGCGGUCGUAAUCGCCGUUUAUAAUUCCGCCGUGGCUUUGGAUUGGCUUCCUGGUGUUUUUCCGAUUCUCAGAUCUUCCUCGUUGCCGUAUCAGCUCACGGCUCCGGCUUUAGCGCUACUUCUUGUGUUUCGUACGGAGGCUUCGUAUUCUAGGUAUGAAGAAGGAAGGAAAGCUUGGGUUGGGAUUAUUUCUGGAACUGAUGAUUUAGCUAGGCAAGUGAUAUGUUCUGUUGAUAGCUCUUCUGGUGAUGAAUUGAUUAUCAAAGAUUUGCUUUUGAGGUAUAUUGCUGCUUUCCCUGUAGCUCUUAAGUGUCAUGUGAUUUAUGGUUCAGAUAUUGCUAGAGAUCUAAGGAAUUUGAUUGAAGCAGAUGACUUAUCUUUGAUUCUUCAAUCAAAGCAUCGUCCGCGUUGCGUAAUCGAGUUUAUAUCUCAGAGUCUUCAGCUGCUGAAAAUAGAUGCUGCAAAGAGAGAUUUGUUGGAAUCAAAGAUGCUACAUUUACACGAAGGAAUUGGAGUAUGCGAACAACUAAUGGGCAUUCCGAUUCCUCUCUCUUACACGCGCUUAACCUCGAGGUUUUUAGUCUUUUGGCAUCUAACACUCCCAAUCAUUCUCUGGGAUGAAUGUCAUUGGAUUGUUGUUCCUGCUACUUUUAUCAGUGCGGCAUCCCUGUUUUGCAUAGAAGAAGUGGGUGUUCUUAUAGAAGAGCCAUUCCCUAUGUUAGCCUUAGACGAGCUAUGCGAUCUUGUGCAUAGUAACAUACAAGAAGCUGUUAAAUCCGAGAAAGUCAUACGUAACCGGAUCAUCGCAAAGAUAAAGGUCCAUGAAUUCAAGCACUCAUCAAAUGGUCGGCAUAGAACAUAG